GGUCUGCGCUGCGGUUCGAUUCGAGUCGGGCGGAUCCUGGCCUUUUGAUUGGCUGCAAGAGAUUCCAUUCAUUAAUUUUCGUGGGCGAUAGUAACCUGCCGUGCCGAUAGUAGUGCCAAAACGGGAUCCAUCGUAUUUACUACAAACGAUUCCGUUAUUUGCAGACAAUAUUGUGCGUCCAUCGAACGCGAUUUUUACUACAUUCGAUAAAAGUACUGACACAAAACAAAUUACGCCAAAGCUGCAUAAUGCUGAAAAUUGACCUGUGAACCGACUGAAUACCGUCUAGUCGUCGACUAUAAUAAGCCAAAUCAGUAUACCAAUUACCGUAAUUUGUUUACGCGUUUGUUUUCUACGCGAAAGAUAGCCAAACAUCAAGUCGCGUGCGUCUGCCUUCGAACAUCGAAUAACGACAAACAGUAAUUCGCGACCGUUCAGCAUCAUCGUACCUAGUCCACGCGCGCUCGAGGAAACGCCGCAAAACCGGUCUCAUCAUCAGCGAGGUUCUCCCGCGAGAGCGAAACUUCUGCUCACUCGGCGGCGGCAGCACCAUCGACAUCGAACUGCUUGCUUUCUUCAACAUUGGCUGGCAGGCUAGUUAAUCGUCAGCGGUCGCGACGCUCAGAAUGUACCUGUCGAUUCGACGGCGACUACUCAAAAGGCCACUACAGGAUGAACAUUCUAGUCUGCCGGUCACUGUUGUAGUUCCACACACUUCUUUCUUCGAUUUUGUUCCCCUCGCAAUCGCGCUUCACGACCUAGUGGCGACGUUUGAAUGAAUCUCAGAAUGCUGUUGUGAACUCCUUUCCGACAACACCGAGGGGGACAAAGGAACCAGCUUUCAGUUCGCGGAAUUAAAAAUAUCAAACCCCCCAAUCCGACGGCGACGGCACUCGAGUGAAGACCUCCUCCUCUUUGAGGAAGUGAUAGUGCGCGAUAAGAAAAGAAGCACAACCCAGAAGUCAAGUGAUAUAACUAACAAAAAGCAACACAGUGCACCAUAUAGGAGGCACAAAGCUAUCCGAUCCGAUCGAUCGAGAUCAAGUGUAUGCGAGAGAGUGGUGUGCGGUGUGGCGUUUAAAAAUAGUGAUCCCACACCCACGCAUAGAUCAAGCGCGUCAAGAAGAAAGUGCGAAUAGUUUUUGAUUCGUUGGAAUUCCGUCCGCGUGAAAGUGGUGUGCUGGUGUGUUGUACAAAAUAGUAUAGUUUAGGUAACAGCUGACUGAAACGAUCACAAAAACAAACCAUUCAGUGUGAGAUAUCUGUGAUAAAGAAGACGACGACGGCGACGACGAGAGAUCAGUGAUUGUUCGAACGAUGGCGCUGAUCGAUAUCGAUCUGUUGACUGCUACGCUUUUCAAAACGCUGGUCAUUCCGGGGAUUAUAACAACUCUAUGGCUCUCUGAUUUAAUCUGUUUGACGACGUGCAAAAUCUGCAUCCUGGUGUUUGUGAUCAUCUUCAUUGUGUUGCCAUUGAUAUUCAAAUUCUCGUUUGCCCUGCAGAAGAGCAUCCUGUUUCUGACAUUUAUCUCCUACCCGCCGAAUCUCGAUCUCAAACGUCCGGAGAAAAGUGGCCUAUACGCGACGCGGAAUUUCUUCGUCACCUACCGGGACCAGGAGGAGGACAUCGAUGUGGACGUUGCGGUGUGGCACGUGCUGCCCAAUGAUCUGGUGCGACGGUUCGCCAAGGAGCUGCAAAUCGAUGAGCCUACUCUAUCCAACAUGACGGCCCCGGAGGAAGUCCGGGAGAAAGUGGACGCAAUAGCUACCAAAGACCAUUCGCAGUAUCGCGAAAUCGAGCGGAUUCUACACCGCUCGGACCUGAACCUGGCCGACACCACCACCCAGAAGGCCCUCUUUGAGGAGACCCUGCGGGCCACCACCAACGACAUUGUACUCUAUCUGCAUGGAAACACUGCAUCACGGGGGGCCUCCCACCGGGUGGAAUUGUACAAAUUGCUGCGCAGUCUCAACUACCAUGUGGUGACCUUGGACUAUCGGGGAUACGGCGACUCGGCCAACAUUUCACCGACGGAGCGGGGCGUCGUGUACGAUGCCCUGGCCGUGUAUCAGUAUAUUACCAGUAUUAGCAAGAACCCAGUUUACCUGUGGGGCCAUUCUCUGGGGACAGGCGUGGCCACACAUUUGCUGUCGCUGUUGACUGACAUGAACAUGCCGGGACCUAGGGCGGUCGUUCUGGAGAGUCCAUUCAAUAACAUCCGGGAGGAAAUUUGCGCCCAUCCAUUCUCCAAGUUGUAUCGACAUCUUCCGUGGUUUGAUUACACCAUUUCCCGCCCCAUGUAUGCCAAUGAGUUGCGUUUCGAGUCCGAUCAGCACAUUGCGGAGUUUAGACAACCGGUGCUGAUUCUGCAUGCCGAGGAUGAUCAUGUGGUUCCGUUCAACUUAGGUUAUAAGCUGUACCGCACCGCCCUGGACACCCGCGGCAAAUCCUGGGGCCCCAUCGAGUUCCAUCGGUUCGAGAAGACCAGCCACUACGGCCACCGGUACAUCUGUCGGGCACCGAAUCUGCCGGAAAUUGUGAUGCACUUCUUCCGUACGUACCGGGACGAGCAGUACUGAAGGCCACAGGUGAGUUCCGUUCCGACCACGCCCCAAACCGUGUCGUAUAUGACUGUUCUUCCCUUAGGGAAGAGAACGAGAAGGUGAAAAAAUAUACGCAGUUGUGAUUCUUUUUAUCAAAAUGAUAACAAUAAUUAUUAGUAGGAUUACUAUGAGACUAUUGGACGUAAGCGUCGUCGUUUUGGCUCUGUAUGCUGGAGCCUAGUAGGUGUCAAGUGAGGAUAGAUUUUUUCCUAAUUUGAAGUAAGAGACCUUUUUGAAUAGAUUUUACCUUCUCUGGAGUAUUUGGAAACGCAAAGAAAUAAACAUGUACGUGAUUCAGGACAUACAGCUGCACGUAGAUUAGGACAUAGUUACCUAAUUUGAAACUCAACAUAAAGCAUUAGAAGUGAAAACAUUUAGAUAGGAUUUUUGCAUGAUACCCGUACCAAUAUGGCAAGCAAUUUUCCCUCUCGGGGGGUAGGAAGAAUAAAAUUUUACAUAGAGUACA